AUGGCUUAUGUUAAUGUGGCUGAUUGGAAGUCUGACCAAGUAGCUGAUUGGCUUAAAGGUAGAUUAUGAAGUAAAAAAAAUUGUACAGAUAUUUUGAAUUUUAAAAUUUUUUUGAAUUUAUCAUAUUAUAGGUUUAGAUUGUGUUAUUUUACCAUAUAUCAAGUACUUCAUUGAUAUAGAUGUUAAUGGACAAAAAUUAUUAGAUAUGCAACCUAAUGAUUUAGAUAAAAUUGGUGUACGGAAAAUCGGACACCAGGAAUUAAUAUUGGAAGCCGUUGAUUUACUUAGGAAUUUUGUAAGUUUUGAAAAUGUUCAUAUUAUACAUUGGACUAAUUGAAUUCAAUAAUAACUGCUGAUACUUUAUUAUGUUUUAUAAUAUUUUAUUAUAUAUAUAUAUAUAAUUCUUCAUUCUUGUUUCUCCUUGGUUAAGACCACACUGCUAAGUACAACUCUGUUCAUUUGUCUCUGUUUUCUGCAGCUUCCCUCCAAUUGAUUUCCUACUUCACUACCUUAUUCUUUAUUUUGUAUGCAGUCUUCCCACUUUAACUUGACUCUCUAAAAGCCCUAUAGGGUCUUCUUGAAUCACUUGCCUAUUUAACAUAAUUCACAAUUUAUUAUUGUUGUUGAUAUUUAUUGUUUAAUAAAUAUUAAAUAAAAUAAAUAGAAUAAUAUGUACUAAAUAUUAAUUAUCCAUUAAAACUAUUCAAGUGAUUUAAUUUUAAAUGUAUUAUUAUUUUAUAUUUAUGAUAUUAUUACAUUAUAUUGGUAAUUACCUAGGUAUUUAUAUUUUAUGUUUUUAACAUUAAAUUAUCUAUUAUAAUGUAUAUGUAUAUAAAAGUAUGAAUACUAGUAAAUCCUAGUUAAUACAAAAGGUUUGGUAAAACUUAGGAUAAACAAUCAGUUUUAGCAAUAAUCCAAUCUAACAAAGAUCCAAAAUUCAACAAAAAUGUUGCUCAUAGACACAAAGAAAAAAACACACAUUAAAAUCAUCAGAUUUCUCAGAAUCUAAAAAAAAUGAUUAUACCAAUAUUUAUAAAAUCUCAUUUGUAGGUUUGACUAAACUUAAUCAUAAUCUAUCUAUUAUUAAUUUGUGAAUAUGAUUAUCCUUUUGGAACAAAUGUACUUUAUGUAAGAACCUCAAUUAUCAAAAAAAUGGUGAUUUCAAAACCUAUCUGUGUGUUAUAGAUUUAAAAAAAGUAAAGUAAUUUUUUUAAAUUUUUUGUAGCUUAAAAUAUGUUCUUUGUGUACAUUCUUUUUAAAUGUGUUAAUUUUAAAUUAAUAAUUUCAGCAUUAUGAGCUAGAUAAAGAAAAUGUACAAUUAUUAGCAUUAAGAUUGUCAUGCAGUGCUCAUAGUUUAUAUAAAGAUAUAAAACAAAAUUAUUUAAAUUCUACUCAAGUUCCUACUAAAAUUCUAACAGAUGUUGCGAAUACUGUUGCUGCAUUAAAACCAUUGGUUAAUUGGCUAAACAGGUUUGAUUUUAUUGUAAUUUUAAUGUAAGAAUUAUUGUAUUUUUAUUAUUUGAUUAAAUAAACAUACUGUAUAAUUAUUUUAGGCCUCCAUUUUGUGGACAACCACAUUACAUAAGUAUGAAAAACGAUUUACUUAAAUUAGCUCUUGAAAUAGUUACAAGUGGUCAACGAGAUCGUUUUGCUGAAAAUCCAGUGGAGAACAUUUUUGAGAUUGCUAAACAACUAUCUCAACUUGCUGAUCAUGUCAUUCAAGAAAGUCAAGAUUCCUUAAUUUUACAACCAGCUACUUUAGAUGUUGCCACACUUAAGAAAAGAUCAGGAGAAUCACUGGUAUAUGCAAUAUACAUAAGUAUUUAUAUAAACCUUUUAUGUACUAUUAUGAAUUUGAAUGAAUAAGUAAAACAUGAUCAAAGUUCUUUUUAUAAUGUAAUAAUUCAAUUUUUAUAUAUAUAUUUAUAAUUUUUUACAUUUUUUUUAUACUUUAAAUUAAUAAGUAUAGCUACAUAUACAGUCAAGUUGUUAUAACUCAAAGUUGAAGGGGGAUAAAAAUUCACUUCAAAAUAUAUAUUAUUCGAGAUACCUAAUUUGGAUUUAUCAAAAUUAAAUCAAAACUUUAAGUUAUGUAAUGAAAUAUAAUUUUAAAAUGUUAUGAUAAAUAUAUGUACCUAAAAAUUGUACAAAACUAAAAUAGAUGCUGUUUUUGAAUAAAAUGUCAUUAAUAUUAUAUAAAAAAAAAUUAAUUUUUUAGGGAUUUUAUAUUGUACCAUCAUUUCAUGGCGUUCAUCAGGUAGGAGAAGUUAAAUGUAAUAGUGUGGCACAUCAAUGUGGAAAAAUUGAGGCUGGUGAUGAAAUAGUACAAGUUAAUUAUCAAACUGUGGUAAGGUGUAACUUUAAUUACCUAAAAUAUAGGUUAUAAUAGUUAAUACAUUAUAAAACUAACAAAUUCUAUGACACUAAUAAUUAACAGUUUGUCACCAUUUUAAUUGUUAUUAAUUAACCAUUUGUGAUUAAAGUUAUUUCUUUUCUCUUUAUUGAAUUUGGAUUGAAAUUCAGGUUGGUUGGCAAGCAAGACAAGUAAUGGCUUUAUUAGAAGAAGCAUCAACUGACAUAUUUUUGACACUUAAAAAACGUCCAAGGCACAGUAAAGUAUUUGGACAAAUAUAUAUGAAACCAUAUCGUUUACCCAGUAAAAAGCUGUUCAAUUAUCCACAAAGAUAUUUUGAUCAACUCACUCCACCCAGGCCAAGUGAUUUAUUGACAAUUCCUAAUUUCAGUUUUCCAGUAAACAAGUAAGUCCAAAUUGUGUACUAAUUCCAGAGUUUAUUAUUAUUAAUCAUAUAAAAAUGCUUAUAUAUUUUGAUUUAUUUAAAUUCAAUCACUUUAGUUUAAAUUUACAAAUUGAUGGUGUUUUGUUAAAAUGACGUCUAUCAAAUUUCAUAUUUUUUCAGAAAACCAAAAAAAAUCACAGUUUUAAUGAUGUUUAUAAUGGAAAACAAUAAAAUUACUUGUACACAUAUUCCCUUUUACACUAAGUAUACAUGCAUUGAAUGUGAUUUACGCCCUUUUAACAAAACAUCAUCAAUAUUUUAAUAAUAAGAUGUUAAAUUAUUAUAACCAAAUAAAUUAAUUGAAAGCCAAUAUAUUGUCUAUCUAUAGCUUAUUUGAAGACAUUUAUACACAUUGCUGCUUCCACUAUGCUCCUCCACGCUUCUAUCCAACGCUAUUCUUUUUCCAUCUCCGACUCCUAAGGUCUUCAGAUCUUCUCUGUUUCAAUCGCUCCACCUCUGUCUUGUUGUCCUCUUGGUUUUGUGCGAUCCGGCUUCCACAUAGUGACCUUAUUUGUUAUUCUAUACUCCACCCUUCACACAUGUCCUCCCCCAGCUAGGUUUUCGUUUUUUCAAAACACCUGCUAUAUUGGCUUCAUUAAAUAAUUCCCUUAGUUCUGUGUUUGCUCUUCAUAUCCAUUGUUCUUUUAGGGUCAAAAAUCUUCCUUAAUAUUUCUUUCUCAAAUAUCAUUAGUUUUUUCGUAUGCUAUCAUGCCUCACAUGCAUAUAAUACUAUAGGUCUAACCAGGGCUUUGUGUAGUUUAAUUUUUGUUUUUCUGGAUAGUAGUUUUGACUUGAACAGCGGUACUAAUGAGAAAUAGCACUUAUUCUCUACUAUUAUUCUAUGAUUGAUUUCCUCAUGGCUAUUUGCCCUUUCAUUCACACCUACCUCAAGAUAUUUAAAGUUAGGUACUUUUUAAAAUAUCAUAUCUCACUGAAAUUGAAUUUUGGUGAUAUUGCCUCCGUGACAAAAUCAGGUACUAAGUUUGGUCUUUGUUGAUGUUUAGUGCUAUACUUUUUCCUUCCUCAUUAGUUUAUUUGCUGUAUUUCUUACUUGAUCUUCUGAUUUACCCAUUAUUAUUGUAUCAUCUGUGUACACCACUAUCAUCAUAUUUUGUUCUCUAAUUUUCAGACCUAUAGAGAGUUUUUUUGCACUUUCCUUAUUACUGGUUUCAGAGCAAUAUUGAAGAGUAUAGGGAGAUAAUGUAUCCUCUUCUCUCAAACCAGUUUCUACUGUGAAAUCUUCUGACAUUACAGAGUUGAAUUUUAUUUUAUAUUUUGAAUUUUGAACACGUGCCUUCACUAAUAUCACAAGUUUUGACAGUAUUCAGAGUUCAAUCAUCACAUGCUAAAGACUAUGAUAUGUUGUAUUAUAUCAACUAAUAAUAUUUUUUUAAAUAUUAAUUAUUAUUAAUGUGCAUAGGUAUUAAACAGUAUUAUUGUGUACAUAUGAGUAUUAUGUUAUCUACUUAUUUUUAUCCAAAACGAGGUAAAUAAUUACCCUAGAAAUAAUUAUAUUUUGCAUGGAUAACAAAUAAUGAGUUUAUGAAGAAAAUGCUAUGGUAAAAAAAAAAAAAAACAAGUGGUAAAAAAAGCAAUAUAUUUAUUUUACAUAUCAUAAUAUAAAAAAUAAUAUUAUUGGUUAGUACUACAUAUUAUAUAGUACUGUAUAAUAGGUACCUACACUAUAUUUUAAUAUCAUUGACUAUAUUAUUCAAUCAAAAUAUUUUAAAUGUUUUCACAAAAAUCAUUAUUGGAAUUUUUUUUUUAAUUUAAUACAAAAAUUGUUUUAUUUAUACCUAUGCAUAAUUUAAUAUACUAUUAUUUCAUAUAACUUAUUAUAUAAUGUACAUUAUACCUAUAAUAAUAUAAUGCACUGAUUUCCAAAAAAAAACAAUUAUAAAUAAUAAAUCAUGGUUAUGGUUGUAUAAAUCCAAAUUUCUUUUUUCCUUCUGUUCUUAUUUUGAGUAAAAAAUAUUUAGAUAAUUUAUUUGUUCUACUAUAUGCUAAACCCAUAGGUUUAUUUAAGUUGACUUUUAUAUAUUUUUUACUUACACUACAAUUAUAGUAAUCAUUUUUAUUACAUUCGAUUACGAACUGCAAAUUUCAAUAACUUGCUCCGAUAAUUAUUUUUGUGAAAACGUUUAAAAUAUUGAAUAUACCUGUAAAAUAAUAUAAUCAAUGGUAUUAAAAUAUGGUAUAGAUAACUAUUCUAUAGUACUGUAUAAUAUGUAGUACUUACCAAUAAUAUUACUUUUUAUAUUAUAAUAUACUUUAUACAUUAUGAUAUGUAAAAUAAAUUUAUUUCUUUUUUCACUUGUUUUUUAUUCCUGGUCCCUAAAAUAAUUAAUAUAGCAGUUUGUCCGCAUCAGUAGCCAUAAAUUAUUUAAUUAAUUAUUUUUUAAGUUUAAACACCCUUACUUAAUAUUAAAUACACUUACAAAUAGAAAGUUUUGAGUUCUAUGUUAUUUCUGUACAUUGUGUAUUAUCUAGAGCAUCAUAAAGUCGCUAUCGUCUUUAUCUGAAAAUUAUUUACCAUAUCUUAGCAUAUCAGUUUUAAUUUUAUUGUUGUAUAUAGUGUGGAUGUUUUGUUUUAUAAUGUAAAUGCUCUUUGUAUUUCACUUAAAUAUUAUGCACAUAAUACUAAAAAGUAUCCGAUAAUAUUUUAUCAUAUCAAUGAGUUAUUAAUAAAUAAUGUAAAAUUACAACUAUUUACGCAAGGUAAAUAUUUACCCUGUGUGCGUAAAACAUAAAACCGUGCGCCUUACGACACGUUAAUACAAAAGUUAUCUCUAAUAUGAUAUCUAAUAUUUCCUAGUUUUUUAAAUAUUUUUACUAAUUCGCCUAUACUUGUUUAGGUUUAUUAUAGUUUCUAUAACUAAAAGUAAUUUAUAUAAAUUAAAUUAUUUACAGUUAUAAAUACAUACUACAGUAGAAACCGUUUAAAAUGACAUUAAAGGGACUUGUUAAAAUUGUUCAUAAUAACCAAAUUGAUAAAAAAAAAUUUAUAACUUGAUUAUGUAUAUGUAUUUAUAUGAACUUAAUAUUUUAUUACAAUCAAGGUAUCAUAUUUUUAUCACUAAAUCAUGACUUUAAUACAUACAGAAAAUUUUUAGUUUGUACGUUGUAUACAAAUUGUUCAAAUUUUUUCAAUAUAACCAAAAAUAACCGUCAUUACAUCAAUUAUUUUAUAUUAUAAUAAACCAUCAUAUUUAGCAUUUAUAGUUUAUAGAAAUAAUAUAUUUUUAUAGGUAUCAUGCAAAAUAAACAUUUUUUUUUUCUCUUGAUGAACCCAGUUAACAGUGUAGCGAUAUGUAGCAUAUCAAAAUAAUACUGUAAUUUUGUAUGUUUUUAUGUAAUUCUUAUUCAUUUAAUUUAUUUAAUUUAAUUCGUUUUUUAUAACAAUUAAUUUUUUUUAAAUUUUUAGACAAGAAAAGAAGAUACCAAAAACUCAAGAAAGUCAACUUUUAAGUGAUCACUUGUUAAGUCCUCCUCCAGUUAUUCAUUUAAGCAGACGCUCAAUUUCUCCUGAAAUUUGUUCACAUAGUAAUAGUAGUAGUGGUGAUGAAAGUGAGCUUGAGAGUGCCAAUUGCUCAUCGCCUACUUCUGUUAGACUUUAUCUUCCAAAGCCACAUAUACCUGUUCAAAGAAGAGCAACAAUAAGUGGAGCAAGCCCUAUUGGAAAACAUGCUCCAUUCAAUUUUGAUCAGGUAUUUAUUAUAAUAAAUUAUUAAUAGUAUUAAAAAAUAAUAAUUAUUAUUAUUAUCUUUAACAUUACUACAUGUUACCCAAUUAAACUAUCAUAUUAUAAUAUACAAAUUUGAAUAUAAUAUAGUAUAUUAAGAACUGACUUCCUCAACUCGAUUUAUGUGCGUAUUAAAUGCACUUUAUAGCUUGUUAUUUUGUUGAACAGGUAACACUAGACGUGCCUAAAUAAACCUAUAUGAAAGGUUAGUCAAUUUGUCAUGCCAGCUCAAUUUAUUUUACUAUUUUUUAUUGAAAAUACAAAAUUAUUUGUUUUUAUAAUAUUUAUUUACACAUAGAAAUAUAAAUAUAAUACUUACCUAUUAAGUUAUUUACUUCUUAUUUUAAUGUCAAAGUUUUCUCUAAAGUUCAAUGUGGUUUUAUAAUAUUCUGGUGAACAUUCAAAAAGGCAUAAUACACUAAUCUAAAAAAUUGGAUUACUAAUGUAUAUUUAAGAACGAGUUACAAGUGAUAUAAGUAAAUAUUUACAGGUAACAACAGCCUUCUUCACUUUCUAUUAUAUUGGCUAUUAUUUACUACUUAUAUAUUUAUGUUAAAAAUUUGUAAACUACUGUUUUGAACAUUUGGUUUAUUUUUUUAAGAGUUAUAUUUUAUUAACUAUUGGUCAGUUUAUUAAACUAUUCACAAUUUCCUGACAAUUAUAAAUCAAUCAAUAUGUAUUUAUGUUUUUAAAAUCCGGCAGAGUGUAAUUAUUUAAAUAUAAAAGUAUAUUAUUAUAAAAUAUCAUAACUUAGAUAAAUAUGUGUCUAGGAGAGUAGUUAAUUUUUUUUUAUCCUUGUUCCCAAAUAGUCAAAUUUACAAUUUUGUUAUUAUUUUUAAAGUAAAAAAAAAUCAAAUAUUUAGAAUUGAAGAUAGUAAUAUUUAUCUUUAUUAUUAUAAUAUUUAAUAUUAGUCCUUUAUAACAUAGAAAAAGUUGCUCUAAAUAAUUGACUUUGUGGGGGGGGGGGUAGAAUAAGUAUAACACAUUUUUGAAUUUAAUAAGGCCUCAGGUAUAAAAUAUUUUAUUAUUGAAUUUAGUCAAAAAAACUCUAAAUUACAAUCAUUUUAGCCUUCCAAAAUUGUGAAACAGUAUUAAUAAUUUUAAGUUUACUUGAAUUUGAACCUCAGUGAUUUAUUUAAAGUCAAAGUAAAUAAAAUCCUAACUAAUUAAAAAUGUAUAAAGUAUAAAUGUUUUAAAUUUUUAAACGUAAUUAACAUUAACAUUAUAAUAUGAAUUAUAACAAUAUUUAGAUGAAAUGUUUAGAAAUUCACUAUUUAUGAAUUGUUUUAUUUUAGACAUAAUUAAUUAUUAGUAGACUUUUAUAACUUGCUCUGUCAAAUUAUUUUUCUUCUUCUUGAAGUUCCUAUCCGUUUCAGAUGUUGGAAAUCAUAUUUAUUAUUUCUUCUCUUUCUAACAAAGAACAAGAUAAUUCAUCUGUUUUCACCUGUUCAUUAUGUCAAAAAUAUUUCAACCAUGAUAUCCUUCGUCUAACAGCACUUUUCUUUUCUUCUACUUUCUCUUGGAGUGUGAGUUGCAACAAACCAUAUAUUUGUUAUUUCUCAUUAUAUGGCCUAGGUACCGAGUAGUCCAUUAUGGUACACUCAUUAUCUCUGAAAGUAUUAACUUUUUUCAAAAUUUGUAUUCUAAAACAUUUAAGAAAAAAGCAGCUCUACAAUUUUUUAUUUUUUUUAUUUUUGGGGUUAUACCACUACCUGUUUUUAAUUUUAAAAUGGCAACCUAUAUUAAAAACUCCAUAAAUAGAUGGAGUUAUAGUUAAUAUAAAUUUAAAUGUUGACAUUGUUUAUUUCUGUCAUAUAUUCUACGUUUAAGGUUAGGUUGUAGGAGAGUAGUGGAGUAUCAUUUAUGUGGUAGUAUAGCUCAUGACGUGUUAAUAAUUUACCACUACUCUUCUCCAAUUCAAAUUUAAAAGUGGAAUAUCUUGUCAACGGAUUGGCAGAAAUCAAAAAUGUCAACACUACAAUUAAUUUUAACAACAUUUAUUUAUGAACUUUUUGAUAUAGAUUGCCAUUUGAAAAUCAAAAGUAGUUAGUGGUUUUACCCCCAAAAAUAAGGGUGACAAAAAUAACAUAAAUAUACAAUUGUAGAGCAGCAUUCUAUAUGUUCUGGAAAAUAAUUUCCGGAAAAAGUUAAUAUUUUCCUAGAUAAUGAGUGUACACUUGUGGUUCCCUGGUAUUCUAAUUUUCGUAUUUUUAGUCAUUAUUAACUUCUUUUUCUUUUUGCAUUCUUUGAAGCACUUUUGUAUGAAAUACAUAAUCUGACCAUGGGAUAUUUAGGAUUCGACUAUACAACCACAUUUCCAAUGCCUCAAUUUAUUGCUUAAAGUUUCUGUUAAAGUCCGUGCUUUGGAUCCAUAUAAUGAUAUUGGAUAGAUGUAACAUCUUAGUAAUCUAAUCUUAGUACUAAGUUCAAAAUCAUGACAUUUAAAUAUGGCCAUUUCAAUCUUGAAUUUAAUUUCAAUUGAAUAUUCCUUAUCUUCAUUAACUCAUGUACCUAGGUAGCAGUACUUUUGAACCUUUUCUAUUGAUUUGCCUCUUAUAAAUAGCUGUUCUUUUGUAGUUUUUUCUUUAAAACUACCAUAUAUUUAGAGAUAGUCUAAAACUUAUGCUUUCAUUUACUACUUUACACAUCAUAUUUGAACUUGACAUAUUAUUUGUGAAUACAACUGAAUUGUCAGUGUAUCUUAUAUUAUUAACAUAUUCGUCAUUAACUUUUAUACCCUCAUUAAUCUCUUUCAAAACUCCUUGGAAAAUAAAUUCUGAGUAUACAUUAAACAGAAGUGGCGACAGGACACAUCCCUACUCAUCUCUCGUUUUAUAACAUAAUUAAUUAGGUAUUAGUGGACUUGUAUAACUUGCUCUGCCGAAUUAUUAAUUUUUACUAUUUACAUUAAGUUCUUUUGACAUAAGAUAUUAAUGUUUAUGUACCAUGAAUUAAACUUAUAAACCUUAAAAGUGUAUGGUGUAAUAAACAGAACUUAGUUAAUAAAACUAGGUUAUUUUUUAUUUUUUUAUUUUAUUACCUAUUCAAUAUUCUAUCUUUUUGUUUUGUACAAUUUGUACACCAUUAAAUUUAAGUUAUAAAUUCUAUUUGAUUAUAGGACCAUAUUCUUCUUAGUAUGAAUUGUUUGUGUGUAUACGUACGUGUGUGAGUUACAGUAGAAAGUUUUUUAAGGGUCUUCCAUAAUAUAUUGAAUCAGUUAAAAAUAUAUUGCGAACUGGUAAUAUUCAAUACUGAUUUAUUACUAAUACUACAAGAAUCAAUUAUUGUAGUUUAUUUAAUAAAACAAUUUAAACAUAUAGACGUUAAAAUUGUUUUACCUUAUAUAUCUAUGUAUACUUUUGAUAUGUUGGUAUGCUAACAAAUAUCUACAGAGUUAUAUUUGUAUUUAAUUUUGAAUUUGUUUAAAAAAAUAUUUCAUUAUAUUAAACUGUUAAACUGAAGUGUUGUAUAUUUAUAAACAUUAAAACAAAACUUAUUUUAUUUUAUAUUUAAUAUUUUGAAGAAGUUCUUUUCUUAUAUUGUCUUCUAACAAGACUUAUACUGGUCAUUUUUAUUAGUUUAUCUGUACAGUCACUUAUUGUUCUCAUCAAUUACAACACUCCACCUUAUCAUUUUGGAUAAAAAGAAUAUCAAUUUUGAUUAGGUAUUAUUAGAUUGAGCAAGGUUAUUAUAAAUAUAAUUUGAAAACAAAAUUGAUUGUAGUUAAAAAAGAGCACUACAGUUUAAGUUAUUUGAUAGUGAAUACAUGUAAUACUCAAUAUUUGUCACUUGUUCAUUUUUUCGUUUUAUUUAAAUCUAUAUUUUAAAUUUUUAAAAGAAAAAUUAUAAAGUAUAAAAAAGUACUAUAGGUAUUAUUUUAGAUUAGAAACUGAAUAUAGCGAGAAAUGUAUUUGUUUUACAUGAUGUUUAUUUUUUUUUUUUUAGUCAACUUUUCUAUCAGCAAUUUUGCUCCGAUUUACAAUAAAAUAGCACUUUUUCUAAAAAGAAAUCUGAUUAGAGGAGCACUUUAAGAAGAUCAUUUUUUGAUCUUCCCAGGAGUUUCCCAAUAAAUGGGGGAAAACAGGAAAAUAGGUACAAUAUUAAAUGAAUAUUAUUAAAGAAAAUAUAUAGUGCAUAUGUAAAUAUUUUACUAUAAUAUGAGAUAUUACUAUUAUAUACAUCUAGGACAUAUAUAUUGGGUGGUAUAUAUAUAUUGUUGACAAAGUAACACUAUCAACUGAACUCUGCUUAGAAUUGUUUUUUUUCGCUAACAAUGGUUUAUCAUUGCUACAGACAUACAUUACGUUUUCCCUCUACUACUUUCCCAACUUUUCACCUAUAACAAUGGCUGCACCCAUCCCAUUUAUCCUAGGACAGAUUUUAAAUUUAAUUCUAAAAAAUAUUUUUAAUAUCGUCAUCAAUUUCUCAUUUAUUUUUAUUUAUACACUAAUUAUCUUAAUGAUUGGUAUUACUAUAGUUUUAGUAAUAUGUUUAUGUUGAUAUAAGAUAUGUGUUUUAUUAAUUAUUGAUUCAGAUAAUUAAAAAUAAAUAUGCAUAAUAAGUAUAAGUAAUAUAUCAAAACUUCUAUUUGUAUUGUAUGUGCUAUAUUCCUAUAAUUAUAAUAAUAACCAUUCUUAUAUAGUUUUUGUAUAUUUAUUGUAAAUUUGCUUAUUAUGAUUUAUUUUGGUUAAAUUGUGUUGUGUGUUGUCUUGGUGAAUGGUUAAAUUAAAUUAUUUUUUAAAUUACUUCAAAUAUUUUUUCUAAUUAUUUAGUAUCUUUUUUUUAUUUUUUGACACUGAUAUUGAAAACGGUUGGAGUGACAGACCAAGUUAUCAAAAUACAUUUUUGGUAUUGAAUUUAAAACUUACAUAUAUUUAAAUAGUUUCAGAAAUAUUGCACUUUGUUAAAUUAUAUGUUUAAGCAAAGAAGAAAUAAGAAUGAAUUGAAAAUUUCAAUUACAAAUUGCAAAAACCUUACUUGACCAUAAUAUAUAUAUUAUCAUUCAUGAUCAAUAAUUGUGAUAAUCAUAAAUAAUUUUUCUUUGAAAACUGUUAUCAAUUUAAAAAAAAAAAAAACAAAUUCAGUUUUCCUAGAAACUAGAAAGUUAGUUUAAAAAUAUUGAAUGAGAACACAAAACAUGCUUUUAGUUGUGCUUUUAGUGCUUUUAGAUUUAUGACAAAUAAAACAGACUGUUAAUAGAGAAUAUUAUUAGUAAUACAAGUGAAUCUUGUAAGGUUCGCAGACAACUUAAAUGCAAUAGGAGAGGACUAGAACAGUGUUAUACAUAAUAUAAAAAAAUUUUGAAACAUGUAAGGUGAAUAGGACUGGAUUUAAAUUAAGUAAAUAUCAAUCUGUCAAAGCUAUUUAAUAUUACAACUAAAACAUGAAAGUGUGAUGGGUGUCUUUUUGUAAAUUUGAACUCAUUAAAAUACUUUGAUGUAAAUUUAAGUAAUAGAAAUAAACGGUUUAUGAAAAUAGAAUGCAAACUCAGUAAAGUAGAGCAGUCUUUCGACACUUAAGAUAAUCUUGGACCUGAGGUAUUUUAAUAAAAUCAAAUUUUAAAAGUCAAAAUUGAAUACAACGAUUAUAAAACCUGUGUUAGUAUAUAGAUGUAAGGUAUAAAUGAACCAAAAAAAUGUACAGAAGAUUUAAUAUUAUAUUUGUAAAUAAAAUAUUGAGAUAAAUAUGUAGUGUGGUUUUUGAUGUUAGAAAGGAUAAUGUAAGAGGUAUAAUAAGGAGCUGUGUAAGAUACCAAAAUUACCAUUUAUAAAAAAAAUGUAUUCAAAUUUACUAUAAUGUUUAAGUACAGGGAAAAGAAUACAAAUUAAGUGCAGCUAUUGAAUAGAAACCAACAGGUAAAAUGCCAAGGGUAAGACUUAGUAGGAGCAAUAUUUGGAUGGAUUUAAAGAAGACCUAAAAUAAGGUAGAAGAUAGUAGACCAUAGUGAGUCACUUUUAUAUUAAGAAGUGCAAUGCCCUUGAGACAAUAAAUUCAAAUACAAGUUAAUAACUGUUAGACAAUUAUUCUUUAGUGUUUGUAGUAUAUUUGAAUAUUUCCUUUUUAUGUGACUAAGUAAAAUGUGAUGAGACAUAAGUGAUUAGUCAGUGAAUUUAAAUUAUUAAUUUUAUAAUGUAAAUUAUAUACCUGAUGGUUCAUUUAAGUGGGUUUAAGUACUCUCAUUAUUUCUGAAAGUAUUACUUUUUUCUAGAAUACUUAAUCAACAAGCAGCUUUACAAUUUUAUAUUUAUUUUAUUUUUGGGAGUAAAACCACUACCUACUUUUGAUUUUCAAAUGGUAACCUGUACCUAAAAGUUCAUAAAUAGAUGGAGUGUUAGUUAAAAUAAAUUUAAUAUUGACAUUUUUGAAUUCUGUCAAUCCGUUAACGAGAUACUUCACUUUUAAGUUUGGGUUAGAAGAAAGUAGUAGUGGAGUUUCAUUUGUGUGACAAAGUGGAAUAUCUCAUCAACGAAUUGACGAAAAUAAAAAAUGUUAACUCUAAAAUGUAUUUUAACUAAUACUCUAUUUAUGUACAUUUUGUUAUAGGUUGCCAUUUAAAAAUCAAAAGUAGUUAGUGGUUUUACCCCCAAAAAUAAAGGUGAAAAAAUAUAAUAUAAACAUAAAAUGUAAAGUAGCUUGUUUCUUAAAUGUUCUAGAAAACAAAUAACUGAAAAAGUUAAUACUUUCUGAGUAGAAUUAAUGAUUUUACCCACUUAAAUGGAUCACCUAGUAUGGAAUUAUGAAUAAUAUAAAUUCGUUUUUUUCUCUACUCAUUGAUGAACAGUUUGAAGACAGGAAGACCCUUAAUAAAAUAUAAUUAACUUUAAUCAAUUGAAAAUUCUAUGAAUAUAAUUAUUUAGGUGUAAGACGAUUGAGUGCAUUUGUUGGCUAAUUAACAUAAGUAUAAUAUUUCUUACAAAAAUAAAUAUAUAUAUAUAAUUAUUAUAGGUCUCAAUUAUUUAUGCACUAGGUAUUCGUUGUGUUUAUAGGUUAUAACUUAUAAGUGACAACUUCUACUUAUACAAGUAUUAGUAGUUAUCAACAAAUGAUUACACAAAUGCUAUACCUACAGCUAUUUUGUUAAAUAUACAUUGCCAUUUUAAUUUAUGUAUAUUCUAAUACAUACUAAUAUACAUUAUUAUCCAUGAGAAAUAGCCUGUAAAAUAGUUGUUCUCAAUCGUAUUUCACCAAUUUAUUUGCAUGGAUUGAAUUUUUCCCUAUUUUAAUUUUUUUUUUUAAUACCAAUAAGUAAACAAUUAUUUUUGAAUUUAAUAAUAUUGACAUUUUAUUUUCAGUUUUGGAACGAGUUAAAACAAGUUAAUGAAGCUCAUAAUAACAAUAAAAAUAAUAGUGAAAAGUCUAAUAGUGAGAUGCAACUUAGUAAACGUUCUAAACCUACAAAAGUUCAUUGGACAUCAUUGCCACCAAAUGAAGAAAAACUUGAAAUUCAAAAAUGUCCUGAUAAGAAACCCAUAGAUAUAUCUAUUAAAGAUGAUGUUUUAAAUAGCAGUAAUUUAAUUUCCUUAAAAGAACGUAUUAAUCAAUUAAAAAUCAAUAACAAUCCAGAACAAAUUGUUAACAAAAAACCUAAAAUAAUGCCAAAACCUAAAGUUUCUAAACCAAUUGAUAAUCCAUUAAUAAUUAAAGUUCGUGGUAAAUUAGAUAAAAGUUAUAGUACUCCAUCUUAUGACUUCUCUACUGAUGGUAGUCUUCAUAAUAAUUUUGAAUAUUUUGAUUCUGAUUUACGAAUGUCAGUUGAAGAUGUCAAAAAUUAUGAUAUAAAAGAAGUCACUAGUAAUUGUGUUAUUAAUGAAGAUAUAAUUAAAAGACCUGAUAAACCAGUACUAGUUUUCCCAAAGCCUCCUCCUCCAAGAAAUGAUGAUAAUCUUUCGUAUGAUACUAUGCCAAAUACUGUUAGUACUAGUAAUAUAAAUAAAUCAGUCAAACCAAUAUUAUAUUUUCCGAAACCUCCACCUUCUAUGACAGAAGAUUUAGAUUUUUCAGUAACAAAAGAUACUGAUACUGAUAUUAAUAUUGAAAAUUUUGAAUCUGAACCUCAGAAUAAUAGAACUGUAGAACAAUUUAAUAGUAUAGUUUCAGAAUCUGGCAGUGGAUUUUCAUUUGAUUUAAAACAUGAAGAACAUUUACAUAGUUCAACCAAAAGUUACUCAGAAAACCAAAUAGACAAUUUUUUAGAAUAUUAUAACAUACCAACACAUUUAUCCAAAGAUAAAGUUCUAGUACCUAUAGAUUCUAAAAGAUAUUCAAUGAAUCGUUUUAAACAUAAACCUUAUGUUAAUAACAAUAAUAAUCAUCAAGAUCUUCAGGAUUUUGAAAAAAAUUCAUUUUCUGAUUUGUCUGAUGUCUGUCCUCCUUUGUCAUUAACUGACCUUAGUGGUAGUGAUGAUAAUAUAUUUCGAGUAGAUACUAAAGAUAAUAUAUCACUGCCAUCUGAACGAACAGCUAUUUUAACUCAUCAAGCUUUACUUAAUGCUCCAGCUACAUUUCCCAGACAAAAAACUGAAGCAAAAAAAUCUCAACCACCAGUUCCACCUCCUAGACCAUCUAAGCCUGUUGAAUUGCCUAAAAGAACUAGUUACAGAGCUAUGCUUGGUGCUAAAGCCAUUGGGAAAAAAGAAAAUAAAGGACAAAAACAAUUAUUCCAAAGAAACCCUUUGAUAGCUAGUAAUUUUUUACCAUAGUAAUAUAAUGUAUUAAAUACUAAUAAAGAAUAUUUUAUUUUAUUUUAGAACGCCGAAAUAUAAGUGCUAGAGAAUUAGGUGCAUGUGAAUAUCAGGGAUGGUUAUACCAAAGAUCUAAAAAAAUAUCCCCACGAAUGCAGUGGAUUAAAGGAUGGUUUAUCAUAAAGGGAACAACUUUUUAUGGAUUUAAUAAUAAAGAAGUAUUAAAAAUAUGUCAUUAAAGAUUAAUUAUUAAACACCUAUUAUAAUUUUAAUUAAUUUAUAUAAUUUAGUCAACAAAAGCUCAACUAAUGAUCAUCUUAUCUGGUUUUACGGUCUCUAUUGCUGAUGAAGUGAAGUCAAGAACUAAUGCUUUUAAAGUAUAUCAUAUGGGAACUAUGUUCUAUUUUGCUGCUGAAACACCAGAUGAUUUAUCAAUGUGGUUGGAUUGGUUUUCAACUGCUACUAUUGCUGAUGGUCAUAAUUCAAGUACAUCUUAUUAAAUUAUUUAAUGUAAAUAGAAGGUGAAAAUUCAAUUUUUUUAUAUGACAAUCAAAAGAUAUUGUCAUUAUGGGAGUAAAGAAGGGGAGUGUGAGGCUGAUUUAUAAUAAAAUAUUAUUAUUAUUUUUUUUUUUGGUAUACAGGUGAUUCAUUAAGCAUGAUGCUCACCCAUUUUUUAUGGUUAAAUUUUGCUUGUAUUUUAAGUUUUGGAAUUUUGAACGUUAGUUAAAGCUAUAUUGUAGACACUUAGAUUUUUCACAGCAUUUCAGAAGUAUCCUGUAACGAUACCCACUUUGGUUUUUCAAAUUAAAAUCUAGAUUAAAAAUUCCAUUAAUAGAUGGAGAAUUAGUUUCAAUACAUUUUUUUUGGUAUAUACCUUUUUGAUUUUAGUUAACUUGUUGCCAAGAUAUUCCACUUUUAAGUUUAGGUAAGUGAAGAGUAAUGGAUCAAUAUGAAAACACCAUUCCUUAUGAAAACACACAUAUGAUGCUUAUUAGAUUGUUUUCCUUAAUAUUUUUAGGUAGAAUAACACAGAAACUUUGUUCAAACUAUGAUUACAAUACAUCAAAAUUUCCUUAGAAAUCAUCUGAUUUACAAUUUGCAUUAAAAUAUGUAGGUUCUUAUUUAGAGAACCAAAGUUGGUAUCACCAUUGGAUGUUUCUUAAAUAUUGUGAAAAUAUCAGCUUUAACUACAUUUAAAAAUUACAAAAAUCAGAAUUGGAAUAUAUGCAAAACUCAUAAAAAUAAGGUGAAUAUCUUUAAUAAAUUACCUAUUAUUGGUAAUAGUAUAUGUAUUAUUAGGGCUGUGAAUUUAAUGCAGUAAAAAACCUUAAAAAAAGCAUUUGAAAUCUCAAAAUGCACUUAAAAUUUUUUUAGAUGCUUAGAAAAUCAAAAUUUUCUGACACUUAUUAUAUGCUUGUCUUCCAAUGUGGUGGUUUAUUGUAAACAAUUUUUGGCUGGAACUAUUACAUUAUAUAUUUUGCAGUACAAUAUAUUUUUACCUUCAAUAGAAAAAUAUCUGCACUAUAUUUAUUCAUUGAUGUAUUUUUCGCAAAUUUGAUGAUGAAGUUUGUUUUGUUUUAGGUAUUUUACUGUACACUCGCAAAUUCCAAACAGGUAAUAAAAGACAAUGCCUAUAUUGCCUAAUAGUUUACAGUCACCUACUAAAAUUAUAGAUUAAUACUGCAAAUACUAUAGAUUAAUAUAUUUAUUCUAGAAAUGUACUAUUGAUAUUAUGCUAUAGAUAGAUAAAUUUAAACCUAUUUGCUUUAUCUUAUUGCAUUGUUACUAAACAUCUGUUGUACUCACAUACGUAAUAUAGCUUUGAUAUUAUGUAUAAAACAUAAACAUGAUGUGUAUACAAUCAGUGUAAAAUAAAAAUAGGUGUGUUACGAUGAUAACAAAUUUGUACAAAGAAAGCUAGAUUUUACAAUUAGCUAAAAAAAAAUUCUACAAAUUCACAGCCUUACGUAUUAUUAUAAAAAUUAUAGGGAAAAAGCCAUAGGGGAAUAUCCCUUCAUCUCCCCCUGUUUAACUAUCCCGGUUAUAAUAAUACAAUUUUGUUAAACUUAACAGGUAAUAAUUGACAUUAAUAGGAUUUUAAUUUAAUUGUUACAAAAUCUCAUAAUCUAUAAGGGACUUGUUGUGUAAAGCUAUUAAAAUAUUUAAUAUUUUAAUGAAAAAUAUUAUCAUUAGAAAUUGACAUUUCUUGGAUUUUAGAAUUAAGCACUAUUCAUCAUUAUGUGCAUAUUGUACAUAGGUAAUGCAGAGCAAAUAAAAUUCACUGAUUUUAUAUUAAAUGUUUGUAAUUAAUAGAUAUUGUGGCAGUAAGUGAGACUGAUGGAGAAGAAGAUGAAAAUAUUCAUGAUAAUCAUGAACCUGUAGAUACAUUUCCAUUAAAACCAGAAACAUCACAUGAUUCUUCGUUUACAAGUUCAGCUUUAAAGAAUAUAUCCACAUUUCUUUCGAGUCACAUGGGAUCGCAUUUAAAUCCUAAUACAAGUUCUAAUAAAAAUAAAACGUAAGAAAUGUUUAUUAUUAUUUUUUUUUUUUUUGUGAUCACUAUAUUUUAAAUAGUUUUAAUUAUUUAUUUAACUUGUUUUCUCAAGUUUAAUUUAAUUUUUUUAAAUUUGAUUAAUUUAAUUUUACAUUUAAACACUGUAUUUUUAAAGCUAUAAUUGUCUAGAUUACUAUUAGUGAUUAAUUAGUGAUGAAUAGUAAUUUAUUCUAAUAUGAAUUAGAUAAAAGCAAAUAUUAAAAUUACUAUACAUUAUGUUGUUUUCAUUAAUUUUCACCAAAAGCAAAAAUUAUAAAUUUGUGGUUUUAUACAAACAACAGUUCAAAGAUAAUAAUGUCAGACUACCUAGCACACAAUAGAUUAUCGAGACUACUGUAUUAUUAUAAUUAUUAUAUUUUUCAUUUUCAUUUAAAAAAAAAAUAAAAGUAUAUUCAAUAUUUUCCCUUAGUGACAAAAGUUUUCAUUCAUUAAAAAAACAACAAAAAAAGAAUUUAGCCAAAGAAGAUCAGACAAAAGGUAGCAGUCUGGAUAGAAAACAUUGGAAAUUCUUAGGCAUGGGUAUGAUUGGGCGAGAUUCAAAUGAACCUGUUCCCACAUCUCAAUUUCGUAGUUACCGAAGGGUACCACCAACAGUUCCUAAGUGUACAUCAGAUACAUCUGUCCUCUCACAUUCUUAUAACCAAAAGUAAAUUUAUAUUUUAUUUUUUUAUAAUAACAAGAAUAUCAGUAAUUUUAUUUUAUUUCAGUUCUGAUAUUUAUCCUAUGCCUCAAAUUACUCAUAAUCGCCCAGCAGAUAUGGUUGAUUAUCGAUUAGCUUCAAUAACAAAAACUGAUAACACCCAAAGGUACUUACAAUUAGUUGGGUUUAAAAACAAUCAUCAUUAUAAAUACUAAAUUGAAAUUGUAUAGGAGAACAGAAACUACAAAUAGUUCUGAGAUGACAUUAGAAUCGUUUAUACAAUCACGCCAAGAUGAAAGACGGAUACAACAUUUACAUAUGGGAAUGAGUGUACCUCAGUAUGUAGCUCCACCACCACCACCAGGUAACAUUACUCAUAAACAAUGUUGCAAUUUUAAAAAUUAGCUACAUUUUAAUAUAUUGAUAAACAGGUAUUAGGGAAGACCAAAGCCAACAAUUUCUAGAAGAAGCUAACUAUAGGUAUGUAAGACAUCAUAAAAUUUAAAUUUAGAAGUCAAGUAUUUUUAUAUUUAAUAUUCCUAUAGAGAGUUAGAUUAUUUUUAUUACUAUUUGUACAAGAGUAAUAGACAAAUUUGGUUUAUUAUUAAUUUGCAUUUAUUAGUCUCUGUAUUAUAGUAUUUCCUUUAUUCUUGCUUUUUAGAAUUGCUGCUGAAAGUGAACCUCGAUCAAGGCAACCAAUCACUGCAUUGACUAGUGUUGAACACAAUUACAAUUUAAAUGUAUUACCACCUUGUAAGUAUAUAUUUUUUUUUAUAUUGUUUUAUAAUACAGGAUACACAUUUAUCAUGAACCAGAAAUUUUCUCAGAUGAUUUAACUGAAUUUGAUUUAAUUGUUUAACUACUUAUCAUUCGUAAUAUUUAUUCAAGAUGUUCAACUUCAUGUUUUAUUCUUCUAGAAUUAGCCGUAAAGAAAUCACUAACUACUUGUAAUAUUAUAAAAAAUAUUUAGGUAGCAGCGGAAAAUAGUGUCUUAACCCAGUUUUACUAUAUUUGAAGUUUUACCCUUAUUCCUUAUAAUUGAAAUUAAUAUAAAUUUUUUACUAUCAGAUCUCCCUUACAUUAAAUAAUAGCUUUGUUCGUUUAAACAUAAAGUGUACACAUUUUAUUAUAAAUUAUAUUUAGCAAUAUACUUUUUGUACAUCACUUAAAAAUUUAAAAAAAAUUACAUCUUGCUUGUUAAUAGAUUAGCGCCAUGCCUCAAUUAAACAAUGUGGCAAAGCUAAUGUUCCAUGCAUUUUUUGUAGAUUUUUAGUUUUUAAUAUUCCCCAUGAUUAUUCAACUGCUUGUGUGUGAGCUCCAGUAGUUGGAUCAACAAAAUUGUUUGAUUAGUUUACUGUUCUAUGUCCAUAGCCUCUAUUUUUGAAAUAAAAAUAUGGUCUCCAUUCAUCUGAUAUAAUAAAACCAGGUAAUAUUUCUUUUUUGAUAAUCAGAAUUAAAAUUUCUCUAUCACGUUUUUUUUCUACAACAAAAAACAUUCGUUCCAAAUCUCUAAUUUUGCUACAUAAUCCAAAUACCCAAGAUCCUUAUAGUUUGCAACCAUAAUUUCUUUUUAAUGUAGGCAAAUUAAUUAGAUUUAUUUGAUUUUUUUGAUUAGUAUCAGAAUUUGAGUCUGCCGAGUUAUCUUGUACUUGUUCACAACACCAAUCUCCUAGUAGUUGUCUUUCUCAGUUAUUCUUUCUUCUCCCUCUCAAUAAUAAUUUAUCAAUUUAUACUACUAUAUUUUGUCCUUCCAUCAUUUGACAUUUUUUUUUAUAAUGAACAAUACAUGUCUUUACACAAAUUAAACCAGUCAACAAAGCAUUUAAACAACCCAUUAAAUUGGAAACAGUUACAUUCUUGUGACCAAUAAUAAAUAAGUUCUAGUAGUUGACCCAAACUAAGAUUUGAGUUGCAUUGUGCAUUAAGAUCUUAAAUGUAAAAAAUCUGUUUUUAGUCAUUUCUGACAUCCUUUUUUGAUACAAUGUAUAGUGCUGAUUUCUCGAAUUUUACCCGUAGUCAAUCUUUUUUUUCCUAUAUACAUCUUUGUUUCACUGUGACAUUUAUAACAUAAAUUAGUUUGGUUAUUUUAUGGUAAUAGUUUAUUCCUUUGUAAAAAUUCUAACACAGUUUUUUCAGAAGAAAUAAUUGCAUACAAGUCGACUGUGAACAUUUUAAAGUUUUAAACUCACACGAUUUAGAAUUAACGACAGAACACGUACUGACAAUAUUGUCGAUAAUAAACAAUGUAUCAUGUAUUAUAAAAUAUCUAUUAGUAAAAACCAGUGAAUAUAAUAUUAAUAUAAUAAAACUAUAAUGAUAAACAAGCAUUGGUUGUCCGUACCUAUAAUAAUAGUAUAGAAAAGCAUUUUGGCGGGUCACCGAGUAGGUCACAUACUAAACGAAAAAGUGAUGGAAGUCGCUUGCUUUUGGACAAUGGAAGGAAUAUAUCAAAUGUCUAUAUCUACAACUUACAAUUUUAUUUAUUUUCUUUUUUUUUUUAUUGUUAUUUAUUUAUUUAUGUUAAUUAGUAUAUUGGAAUUUUUUAACUUUAUGAUUUAUAUUUUAUUAGUUUUAAAUGGCCUGACACGAAAGAAAAAAAUUGACAAUAGUAUUAAAAUAAAACUUAAACAAUUUCAUAUUGAUUGAAUAAAUAACAGGAAUUAAAUGUGCUUAUGAUCUUCCAAAAAAAUUUCUGGUUCAUAUUAAAUUAAUUAUUUUGUAUAUUAUACAUUAGUUAAGUACUACAAUCCACGGAAUAACAUAUUUAUUUUUGUAUUAAAUUAUAAAUUAAAAAUUCAAUAUUUAAUAUCCAAGACUGUACAGACCCUUGCAAACAUUUUUUUUAAUUUACUAUAAUAUAUGAGUAUAUGUGCUUGUUAUAAUGUAUUGUAUUAUAUAUUCAUAGAUGUUAUAAAAUAAAUGUAUGUAUAAUGUCAGUUUAACAUAUUUUCAGGGAUAACUGAAAAUUCAACACAAUCUGGUGACUUAAAUGGUAAUAGAAAUACUAAAAUAUUUCCAUACCCCCGUGAUAGUCCAUACAUGCCUCAAUUGUCAGAAUCACAUGAACAUCAAUUAUAUUCUAAUCGAUAUGUUAGUAAAGUUUUACAUUUACUGUUUUUUAUAAACAAUUAUUUUAUUUUUAAUAAAAUAAAAACUCUAAUGAUAAUUAAUAACUAAAUGUAAGUACAGUGUCUUUGCUGUAUAUUUUUAUGUAUUAGACGAGUUUAUAAUUAGCUCUAAAACAAAUUAUUAGUCAGUUUACUCUUGCAUUAGUCAAAACUUAGAUUAUAUACUAAGGUUGUAGCCAUAAUGUAUUAUUUUAUUAUUGAUAUUAGCGACAAGUCUCCCAAUUUAAGUGUUUGAUGUGCGCAUACGUGAUGCAACUCCUCAUAUAAUUAUCGAUGAAUAGAUUGACAUAUUAUCAAUGAAUUAAAUUAAUAACCAUAUUAAUAUGCCAUAAGUUACGUCGCACAUGCGCAUAUCAAAAACCUAAUUUGGAGACUCGACGUUGAUGUCAGCAAUAUUUUUUUUAUUUAUUUAAUACGCUGUAGCUCCAUCCAUAGUAUAUGAUCUAAGAGCCAAAAUCAAUCUUUAUGAUUGAUAGAAAAUAACAAGUCAAAUGUAAAUGUGAUUGGAAAUAAAAUUUAAAUUAUAACUUGAAAGGAUCUGUUCUGAUUUGAGACUAAGACUAGACUAGAUAAUUGUAUUAUUUACAAAGUACUUAAACUAUAAUGUAAUUUAACUGAAUAUAAAAAAACUAAUUUAAAAAUGUUUAACAGCCAUUGGAUCAAAUAAGUGACAGUGAAUCUUUAGAAUACCCACCUGUUUUUGAACCAGAAUCUUAUACAUUGGUGGAUGUUCUCUCUAGAAGACGUGAUCGAUCAAAUAAUAAUUUUGAAACAGAUUACUUGCCUGGAAAUAGUAAUAAUUACAGGUAAUGUAUUAAAAAAAUAGUCUCUACAUUUUAUUUUAUUAACGAUUCAUGUAAGUUUAAAGAUUUUUUUUUUCUCAUAAUUGUAUACUUUGAAAAAUUAAUGCAUAUUAUUUAAUGGUAUUCAAGUAUAGUAAAUAAAUACAAAAAUAUAUUAUUUUGUGAAUCGCACAUAAAUCCUAACAUAAUUUGAUCAUUUAAAAACUGUGUGUUUGUGUGUAUAUUAGUUUAAUAUUUUAUUGAUAUAUAUUUAUUUUAUGUCUACUAUUUUAUUUACUGUUAAAAUAUAAUAAUUUAUAUUAGAGAUUUAUUUAUUUUUUUAUUUUUAUUUAAAGUGUUCCCAACUGGAUAUCAAGGAUGAACAAUCCAUGUAAAUUUUUUCAAAGUAUAGAAUAUUAG